AGGACUUUAUUUUAGCAUUCAAUGAGUGAAUAGUUAGUUUAAUGCAUUGUAUUCAAUGUUUGUCAAAAGCGCAUUUCCAGUUAAAAUAAGUGAAGCUUUGAAAGUGUAAGACUGCAAAGACAUCUGAGUAUUUUUAACAGUGGCCUAUAUAGACAUACUAUUUAUACAAUGAGAACUGAAAUGGAGGCAUGUCAGAAGGAAAGGAGUGACAGUUUGUGACAUGCAAAAAUGGCAUCAAAGCCAGAAAAGGUGAAGAAGGUGAAGUCUUCAGCCACGCUUGAUAGAGAUGAAGAGUUAUCAAGAAAAUCUUCCAUGGAGUCAAGUGGCGGAGAUAACCCAGGCCUGGUUCAGCGGUCAGCAACUCGUGACAUUCUUGACUUUUCUGAGGAUAGUUAUGUAUCUGGUGAUGCAAGAGGAGAAAGUCCAUUUAGAGUGGAGGCAUCUGAUUACCAUCAAGACCCAAUGAUGGUAAACGUUCAUCAGUUUUACCCAAUCAUUGAUCAAAGUUUCAGAAGAGGUUUCUCUGGUCGACUUGGUGAAGAGAAAACGAAUCUGAAGGCCAUCUCUGAGGAAGAGCAACAUGAUGAAAAAACUGGAAAAGAAGCCAUCUUAGGGGAAUGUGACAACACAGAAAACACAACAGACGUUCCAGGAGAUGGGACAUCUUCAGAGGAUACUAAUGUUGACCAGAGAAGAGAGAAAGUAGAGAGUCAGAGUGAUCUUUCAAGCAGACAGGAGUUGCUUGAAGUUAAUACAGAGGAUUCUCAGGGGCUGGGCUCCAGUGGCCUAACUGAAGAUCCACAGCUGGUCAGGGUGAUUUUUGGUCCCAAGGUUCCAGUUAGUUCAGGCAUGUUCUACACCAUGGUGGAUGAAGACACAAUCCAAGCUGCACGGCAACGCAAAAAGACAACUUUUGCUGCAGAUGAGUGGAGUGAGAUUAAGAAUGCUACCUACAGCCUUGCAGACAUAGUUGCCAAAAGAGCUUAUGAGCACUACCAAAGAGCUUUGCACCUGAAAUCCCAGCAGCAGUGGUUGGAAAUGAUAACCUGUCUGACCAAAGCCAUAAGCCUGAAAGGAGAUGAGGCAGCUUUUUAUCGACAGAGAGGAGAGGCCUUCAUUCAGCUUUGUGACUUUCACUCGGCCAUCCUUAACUAUAAGAAAGCAUGUCUUCUGGAUAGCAGCAGUUCAGCCUCAUACCAAAGACUUGCUUUCUUGUUCUAUUUCUAUGGACAGUGUCUGUUUGACCAAAGACUGUUUGCAGAGGCUCUUGAAGCUUUUUCCAGGGCAGCCGAGAUGAACCCAGACAACAUAGGCUACCACAUGAGGAGCAUCAGUUGCUUGGCAGCCUUACAGAGGCAUGGUGAAUGCCUUGCCUUAGUUAACAAGCGACUGGAAAAGGAUAGUACCAACCCUGAUCUCUAUGUCAUGCGGGCUCGCCUCCAUGACAUGUUUGGCAAUUCAACACUGUGCUACUACGACGUCAAAGAUGCCCUGGCAGUAGAUGCAGACCAUCAAGAGGCAAAAGAAAUGAUGCAUCGGCUUGAACUGAAGGCUGCUGAAUGCAAGACACAUUGUAUGCAUUUAAACCUCACAGGAAAGUACAGGGAAGCCCUUCAGAAGAUCUCCAUUGCCAUAGAAACCAACCCAUCUAUGGCUGAGUACCAUGUGCUAAGAGGGGCAUUGCAUCGAAAGCUAAAUGACUUCAAUGCUGCUAUUGAUGACUUUCUGCUGGCACUUGACAAAUGCGAUCACAAUGAGGAAGACCCAGUUUACAGUAAAGCCCAGCGGCAGCUUCUGUUGACAUACAACGACUUUGCUGUAGAGUGCUUCAACAAAAACUUCUUUGAAGAGGCCAUCGUUCUGCUGAACAAGGCUGUCAAGGGAGAGAAAAAUGAGAAGGGGCUAUACAUCAACAGGGGAGACUGCUUCUUCAAACAGUCAGAGCUGAACUUUGCCCUCCAAGACUACCUGCAGGCUCUUGAACUGGAUGAGUCAGAUACAGCUAUUGCUACACGCAUUUCUGUCAUUUACAAUGAAUUUGGAGUUGGCCUCUACCAGGAUAAAAAAUAUACAGAGGCAGAGGCAAAGUUCUCACAAGCUUUGCAGUUCAACCCUCGUAUUGGACAGUACUAUAUCUCUCGCUCUCGUGCUCGCUACAUGCUAGGGAACUUAACUGGAGCACGUCAGGACCUUUUGCUGGGUCUCCUGCUCGACCCAUUUAGUGAGGAUAUCCUGUCUAUCCUGGCCCGUCUCUUCCCAGGCAAGUCAGUGGCAGAUGUUGUUUCUAGUCCUGCAGCUACUGUUGCAAAGAAUACCAUACAGCAGCUCGAGUUUUGUGUCCAUCCAUCGUCUCCAAGACAAGAAGUCACCAUACCAGAAAGAUCAGAGUUUAAAAAUGAAGUUGAAAAGCCAAAAACACCUGACACUGCACCAGCAUGGAAUCCUACAGCAUGCUUCCCACCACUAAAACUCUGCAUGAAGGAGAAAGAGUUUAAUUUAAAACUUGUGCAGGAAAAGCAAAAGGUGGAACAAGAAGUCAAGGACAUACUUCAGAACCGUGGGACACUGCAGUACCAAGGCGGAAGGAUUCAGCCUCUUCCUCCGCCAUGCAAUGAGACACGGUAUGGCGGCAAGCUCCAGGGAAGUGUUUCUGCAGUUCCAGCCAUCAAACAAAACAAAAAGUCCACCAGCUGGCGAAACUUUGGCCUAGGAAUAGGCCUACAGUAAUAGUAAACUUGACAGUGUUAUGUCAGUGAUUGCACAUUGUCAUAACAUUUGACAUUCAGAAGAUGGAUCAAAGCAGUGCGCCAGAACGUAGCAGGCAGUCUGCAGCUGCAGGUUAUGAGAUUAGAUUAUUUGAGAUUCUCUUACCAGUGCUUUAGGGCAGAAAAAAAAACACUUUGUGGCUUCUUAUUGAGGACACUGAUGGCUUAAGCUUCCAGAAACAGCAUUCCCCUCUAAAUAGCAUUGGUAUUAUUGAUAUGUUUUAAUUUAUUAAUAUUCUUUUGCAAAUAAACUUGGUUUGGCAAAAUAGCCAACAUGUGCAAAGGCAAAAUAUGCAAUGCAAAAAAAAAAAGAAAAGAAAAAAUUCUCAGGAGGUUUGUGAAACUAACCUUGUUUGUUUAGAUUGUUGGAAGAAUCUGUUGUUGAACUUGGGUAAUACAUAUACGAGGUCUUUCGGGAAAGUAAUGAGAAUGAGGUUCCAGUACUCUGUACAGUUUAUGCAUGGGGAUGGUAGCUCAAGGUAAGUUGGACCCAUUUCUGUAACAUUCUAGCAUCCAGUUUCAGAUGUUUAUUUUGUAGAACCCUUCUAAAGAGUGUCACAAGAGCAAUGCAAUUUUUUGUUUGGAGUAAUGGUACACAACUAAAUUCUGCAUGAAAAUUGGUAAAGGUGCAUCAGAAACUCUUUGAAAUGUUGAAAAAGGUUGUGGACAAGUUACCCUAACUUCUUUUUAUUUCCCAAGAUUAAAUAACUUUGAAAGCUGCCACUUCAGCACAGUAAAUAGUAUCCAUAGAGCUAUGACAAUUUCAAGCAUAUUGUUAUCAACAAUAACAGAGGCAUUGGGAAUCUAGUGUGCCUUCACAAAGUUAUAUUUCUCCUGUAAACAUGCCAUAUAAGCAUUAUAUACACAUCAGCAUUGAGGACUGUAUUUUAUAAAUCCACAUUAUUAAACAAAGGUAUCCAUAAAAA